AUGGUCAACGGCACCGGGCAACGGCCACUGUCAGAAGUGAGCCCAAUGGCUCACCGUCGCAACUCUCCCAUCUGGAACCAGGGCACUAAGUCAACAAAAAGCAUUGAUUCAUCGCCAUAUGAAUCUCCCUCUUCAACGCGCCGCUUCUGGCAAGGUCGUGAUUCGGGUUCGCCCUUUCAGAAGAGCUCGGAGAACCAAGCACCUUACGAGCCCGAUGCGCCAUUCUCCACUUCCAAGAGGCCUUCUCUUGAGAACCUGAAGCGCGCAUCCCGAGUCAAAGGCAACAGUAUGUUCCGCGACUACAACCAAGAGUACGACCCUGCUAGUGUCUAUGUUCCCCAACGACCGCUUGCGAUCAAUCGAAUUUCACACGAAAAACAAAGCCCUGGUGCGGCUACAGCUCGCCCUGGCAGUGCAGACAAGGCCCAAAUGGGACCUCGACCUCCGUCGCCUAGCAAGGACCAGGCCCCUCCUGCCAAGUCGUCUCUCUCUCGCGCUAGUCGAUUUGGCACCAAGGACAUGGCCUUUGACCCGGAGAAUGAGAUUUGGUCGGACAUCGAUGGUACUCGCUACACAAAAUGUGUUACUUUUGAUGCCGCUCCACCCCAGGUUAAUGAAUAUGAAAUGACCACCCCUGACCCAUCCUCAAUUGCAUCCGAGUCUCGUGAGGGGAGCUACGAUUCAGAAGAAGACGAAGGCGACAUUAGCUUCGAUCGCGGCUCUAUGGACCGUGAUGACAGCUUUGACGCUUCCCUGGAAGAUCUUGAAAAGACCCCUGUCGUCAUGCCCGAGGACUGGCGCUUCAUGAGCCCAGAUAGCGCAAAUGAUGAACUGGUGGAAAAGGACGAAGAUCCGUUUACUAGCGAAGGAAGCCAGAGCCCCGAACCCCGUGUUACAUCCACGCAACAGGUUCCCACCAGACGGUCUCGCGUCGAGUCUCUCGAUUCCAACGGCGAGCGCCGUCCUCUACCGCCGCUUCCGGCCAUCCAAGCAUUGUCAUUUAGUCCCCGCGCGACCCCUUCAGACAAAUCAGCCGCUGCAUUCGAACCUGGAAGAGGAAAUCAACGUGUUCUUCCCGCGCCACCAGCAACAGCCGCGUACAGCAAGUCUGACAUCUCGGGACUUGGCCACAAUUCCAUGUCCCUAGAGGACAGGCUGCGCUUGAUGAUGAUUCAACGGGAGGAGCGCGAAAAUGCGAAUGAAAAGCCGACCAACAACAUCAAGAAUGAAGAAGAUACGACUGAAGAAAUGACACCGGACGAACCUAAGGAGUCGGAGGUUACGGAUGACGACGCUACUCCAACUCAAGAAAAUGAGCCGGAUGUGUUUUCUCCUCCACGCAUCUCCAGAGACUCCAUCUUGCGCGACCUUCGCCGCGGCGAUGACUAUCUGGAUGAUUCAUAUGAAACCUCGUCUCAAGGAAGCGCCAGUCCACUUCAAUACGCUAGCUACGACCCUGAUGUCCCCAUUCCUUCGCUUGAGAGCGACAAUGACAACAGCUACGAAGAUGAUGACGACGAAACGAAUAGUGUCAUCAUCAAACCCGAACAGGAGGACGACACAGAUGACCUUUACGAUAUACCCGACUAUUAUGGAACCAUCCCUUCGAAAGAUUCUUCCUUCAAGGAUCUAAAAGACCAGCAGAAUGAAGACGACGAGAGGCAUUGCUCUAACCACUCCAUGGAGGAGAUUUUCUCAAAGAGCAACGGCUCUGUGCCAUCCGAAGCAACGCCAGUUCCCACAGGUCGAGUCGAGGAGGAUUCAAGCGACAAAUCAUUGCCCAAAGCCGAAUAUCUCAAGGCGGAGGAGCUCAAGACCAAAGAACCUAAGGUGGAAGACCCUGAGGUGGAAGAGCCUAAGGUGGAAGAGCCUAAGGUCGAAGAGCCUAAGGUCGAAGAGCCUAAGGUCGAAGAGCCUAAGGUCGAAGAGCCUAAGGUCGAAGAGCCUAAGGUCGAAGAGCCGAAGACGGAGGAAUGGCAUCAGGGUGGUCAGGUCGCUGCUCCCAAGAUGACCGCCAUGCUAGAGUCCCUUCGCCGUCCUGUCACUCCUGAGACCGCUGAUCAAAUAUCCCCGCCCUCGACUCCCGACUCUGUAAUUAGGCACCCCGUGGAUGCUGAGAUCAGCGAUUUCGAGGAGUCGGCGGAUGAAAGCGUGCCCGAGCCCAUCGCGACCGUCAAAGCACGCGGCAGCAGUCUAAAGAUUCGCCCCUCACUGACCCGUGCAGAUGUUGAACAGAUGGCUGCAACCCGCCGUCAAGUGAGCGGCCAGGUCGUCCCAGCAACUGAGCCGUCCAACGAACCAGAAACUCAAGAAGUAGAAACCUCUUCUCAGGACCAAACCUUACAACCCGGGCCCUCAACAGGGGCGUCGCCCCGCAAGCCUAGCUUUAUGAAACUGGACAUCCCGUUCAGCAUCCAAGAAGACGAAAGUCUUGGAUUCGGCUUGGAUAAAGAAUUCGAUCGAGUCAUUGAGUCCCAAAAGGUUGCGUUUGAGCUAGCCCUUUCCCAAUUGCAAUCCUCAUCGGCCCCUCCCCGCACCCUGGAAACCUCUGCACCCCACACAGGAACCCAUCCCAAUUACUUAGCACGUGCUAACUACCCAACGUCUACACAGAGAGGCUACCUCAUGAGACACAAUACCAAAGUCAUUGUCGCGAGUAGCCGCCCUGAGGAGGAACCCGUGCCGACGACGAACGGAGAGCCGUCUGCUGGUGCACAGGGUACGAGGCCCGGCCCAUCCCCACAGCGUAAGGCCAGCCAGCAGACUUGGACUACAGUCCCCUGGAAUUCUGGGGCUCGUCGCGCCAGUAUCCGUACCCCCUCCGGUGCGAUCCGCAAAAAGCCCGUCAGCGGACCUGUGCCGCCGUUGCCAGGACAGCCGAGCAUCACCCAAGAGCCUCCAACUCCGGUUGAAGAGAUUGAACAGAAUCUUAACACUACUUUCGAGGAUGGCGAAGAGCGCGGUAGAUUAUUUGUGAAGGUUGUCGGACUCAAGUAUCUUGAUUUGCCGCUCCCGAAAGGAGAGCGAACAUACUUCUCCCUUACCUUGGAUAACGGUCUACACUGCGUAACAACUGCUUGGCUGGAACUGGGCAAGACUGCUCCUAUUGGACAAGAGUUCGAACUCAUCGUUCAGAACGACCUGGAGUUCCAGCUCACGCUCCAAAUGAAGAUGGAUGAGGAAAAGUUCAGGAUCCAAGAGCCUGCCCCUUCAGCGUCCCCAUCGCGCCAAAAGCAGUCUACAUUCAGUAAGAUGUUUGCAUCACCGCGCAAGCGAAAGGAACUCGAUAUGAAGCAGCAGCUCGCAUUGCAACAGCAGAAAAAGCAGGAUCCCAAUGCGCCUGUUUGGGAACGCCUUCGAACGCUUGUUGCUAGGGACGGUAGCUUUGCUCGUGCCUACACAGCCCUCAGUGACCACGAAAAGCACGCAUUUGGACGACCAUACAAUGUCGAUGUGGCUUGCUUCAACGAAUGGGCUGUUGAUGAGCAGCCAAGCAGCGUAAAGAGCAAGAAGAGCACCGCCAGCGGCAUGUCCCAACGCCGUCCCCCUUACAAGAUUGGAAAGCUGGAGCUGCAACUGCUGUUCGUCCCCAAGCCCAAGGGAACCAAGGAUGAGGAUAUGCCAAAGAGCAUGAAUGCCUGCAUCCGUGAGAUGCGCGAGGCGGAGACUGCGUCGACCCGUAGCUGGGAAGGUUUCCUUUCGCAACAAGGUGGCGAUUGUCCGUACUGGCGUCGUCGUUUUUUCAAGCUCCAGGGUACGAAAUUGACAGCCUACCACGAAACGUCCCGCCAACCUCGCGCGACCAUCAACCUGGCCAAGGCCGCCAAACUUAUUGACGAUCGGAGCACAUUGACGCAAAAAGAGACGACAGCGCGUGGUGGCAAGCGACGUAAGUCUGCGUUUGCCGAAGAGGAGGAAGGGUAUAUGUUCGUGGAGGAGGGAUUCCGUAUUCGUUUCGGCAAUGGAGAGGUAAUCGACUUCUAUGCUGACAGCCCGGCCGCUAAAGAAGACUGGAUGAAGGUCCUUUCGGAGACCGUUGGCAAGGGACCGAGUGGAGCCAACUCAGCCAAGCCUUGGACCGAGCUCGUGCUAAAACGGGAGCGGAGCAUGAAGGCAACGCGACGAGAAACGGGUGAUCGCUUCUCUCAAUUCGGAGCCGCACCUCCUCCGCCUGUCAAGAAAGAUAUCAAACCUCCUCCGGCGCAGGCGCCUACAGCACACAAUGCUCCUGCUCCACGACCGCGGCAUAAGCACACGCAGUCGCAACCUGAUGCCCGCAGCGCGGAAUCUCGGCGGCAGAAAGCUCGUUCCUUGAUCUUCUGA